CCUUGUUUUUUUCUCUUUCAUCUUCAUCCUCUCUCUCUCAUCUCACAUAUUGCAACUUGUUACAUAGUAAAAAAACUACUAUAUAUCUACAAAAUUAUAUUAUAUUGAAAAUGGCCGGUCGCACCACAAAGCAGAAGCAGCCGCAGCAGCAGCAGCAAACAGUCAAAAAGACAGCACUCAAGCGUAAGCUCGUCCAGUCAUCGACCAAACCACCACAGCAGCACAAGAAAAUGGUGAUCAAAAAGGCCACCCCCGUUCUCCAAAAGAAAAAGCAAAGAGACGUUCUCAAGUCCCUCUCAACAAAACACAGCGCCGGCCGCAAAGCCGUGCGCAUGGAGCUGGACCGAGCAGCGCAGGACUGUGGCGUAAGUGAGGUAUUGCGCGGUGUCGGAAAGCCGGCGGAGCUGACGGAGGAGCAGCAGCAGCAGCAAGGAGGCAGCUGAGAGAGUCCGAGGCAAAGGGAUACGAGGAGCACCAGAGUGCUGUGAACGACGCUGUGGCUGAUCUUGCGCA